AUGUCCGAGUCUACACAACCUUGCGCCGCAGAAGUGGAGCAGUGCUCGCCGGCGCCGGCGCGCGUCAACAGUCUCUGGUUCGACGACGGAAACAUAAUCCUCGUCGCCGAAGGGUUCAAGUUCCGCGUCCACAAGAGCAUGCUCGCGAAGUCUUCUCCUGUAUUCCGGGACCUCUUCACGGUGCCUCAACCUACUGGACCGUGCUGCAAAGACAAAGACUCACUCCCAGUCGUGAACAUGCCGGACAAUGGACUGCAUCUACUCUAUCUCCUCAAGGCGAUUUACGACAGAGCGUUCUUCGGUCACAACACACUGACCGCUACGUCAGUGGAGAUAGCGAUAGGAAUUGUUAGCCUCGCGCACAAGUACGACAUGCGGUACCUGUACGCAGACGUCAUCCGACGCCUUGCCGACAUAUUUUGCACCACCUUUGAGACCUACGAAGCUCGGUCCCACCAGCGCGCAGGCCUGUGUACCUCUCCGAUCGGCGAACUGCCCAAGCUCGCGAAAGUCAGCAUCCCCUUGGACCCGGUGUUCCUCAUCAACAUGGCGCGGCAGAUACGGACGCCAGAGCUCCUGGCAAUGCUCCCGGUCGCGUUCUACCACGCGACCUCCCAGAGUGCAGAAAGUCUGACGCAGGGGGUCGUUCGCAACAGGCUGCGUGCCGCCCCCGGGACCCAUGGAAGAGAGGCCCUCCAUCCCGACGACCUCCGCCGGAUUAUCGCGGCGCAGAGGAAGCUCGUGCAGGUCAACCGGAACGCCACCAGGUGCUUCCACUUCCAUGGCGCAUACCUCAGCCCAGAAUGCGCAGCGCGGCGUCACAGUGGUCCAUGUUACAAAGGCCUGCAACUGUUGUCCCAAGGAGUUGUAGACGCGGGUUACUUGGGCAGCGCGCGUCCGUUGGCGCGCCGAGACGACUGGAUCGACGACUAUUGCAAGAAGAACUUGGAUGGCAAGCUGUGCAAAGCGUGUCAAGAGAAUAUCAAGCGUCUUCACAAGGAAGCAAGAGAGAAGGUCUGGAAUGACUUGAAGAAGCUCUUCGACCUCGAAGCGUGGCCAUGA